AUGGCAGAAGUAGAUCUUGUAAAGUGGACAAAACUGAUACGUAAAUCAGUACCCAACAUUGACGACGCAAUUGUUAACUAUGUGAUAGGUUAUCUCGAUGAAACUCCGUCAUUAGCAGAUGGGGAAGACGUUAUAUCUGAUUUUGUUCGUCCAAUUCUCAUCGAUGCAGGUGGGGACGAAGAACGAAUUCACAAACUAUGUGAAAAUUUGUCAGAGGCUUUUGCGCGCAUCUCAGAAAAGAAUCUCGUUAAUAAUUCCACGAAUAAAGGACUUAACAAACUAGAACAGCCCGUAAACAUGCUCUCGAAGAAUUCGAUCUCGGCUACAGUUGGGUUAGUUUCACAAAAUGUAGAUUUAGAAGCUGUUAAUGGAAGAAAAGUCGGAACACGAGUUGACACGAAAAAAUUGGAGAAAGCUGAAGCCAAGAUCAAAGCAAAAAUUGAGAAACGAGAGCGACGAUCUAAUUAUGAAUCAAGUAAAUUGAUUUCGAAGAAUGAUGACGCAGAAUUCUAUAUGCAAGUAAAUCCGAUUUUGGAUUAUACUUCUACCAAAGGAAAAGUUAAAGAUGUCAAGAUAGAAAAUUUUGACAUUUCAUUUGGAGGGAAAAAAAUAUUGACCAAUGCUACAUUAACAUUGGUCUAUGGUAGAAGAUAUGGUUUAGUUGGAAGAAAUGGUAUUGGGAAAUCAACUUUGUUAAGAACUAUGUCAAGGAGAGAAAUUAAUGUACCAACUCAUAUUAGUAUUUUACAUGUAGAACAAGAGAUGGUUGGUGAUGACACUCCAGCAAUUCAAGCAGUUUUAAGUGCUGAUAUUUGGCGAGAACAUCUUUUGAAUGAGGAAAAAAAAUUGAACAAAGAUAUUCUUGAGUUCGAAAACAAUCCUAAUGGUUUGGAUCCAGCCGUCAUUGAACAAGAGAAAGAAACUGCUAAUUCAAGAUUAAAAGAAGUAUAUCAAAAGUUGGAAGAUAUUGAGAGUGAUAAGGCCGAAUCUCGUGCUGCUGCUAUUCUGUCUGGUUUAGGAUUUCCUCCAGAAACGCAACGAAAUGCAACAAAAACAUUUUCUGGUGGUUGGAGGAUGCGUCUUGCUUUAGCAAGGGCAUUGUUUUGCCGUCCUGAUCUAUUAUUAUUGGAUGAACCCACAAAUAUGUUAGAUAUUCCAGCUGUCGCAUGGAUAGAACACUAUCUUAAAACAUGGCAAAGUACUUUACUUGUUGUUUCUCACGAUAGAGAAUUUCUUGAUGAGGUGGCAACUGAUAUUUUACAUCAACAUUCAGAGCGCCUUGAUUAUUAUAAGGGUAAUUUUACUCAAUUCUAUGCUACUAAAGAAGAACGACGCAAAAAUCUAUUACGUGAAUACGAAAGUCAAAUGCAAUACAGGAAACACUUGCAAGAUUUUAUAGAUCGUUGGAGAUAUAAUGCUAAAAGAGCACCACAAGCUCAGAGUAAAAUUAAAAUAUUAGAAAAACUUCCUGUUCUGGAACCGCCAGAGGUGGAAAAUAGCGUUACAUUCAAUCCACCUAUUCUUCAAUUAAGUGAGGUCAAUUUCAGAUAUGGAAAUGGGCCUAAAAUAUUAUCAGAUGUUAGUCUCUCUGUUCAACUGGAUUCUCGAAUAGCCGUUGUAGGUAAAUCCACUUUACUCAAACUUCUAACGGGUAUAUUGGAACCUCGUUCUGGUCAAGUUCAUCGACAUGGACGUCUUAGAUUUGCACAUUUUAUGCAACAUCACGUAGAUCAAUUAGAUCUCAGUACAAAUUCUGUAAUGUUUAUGGCACAAAAGUUUCCAGGCAGGGUUGAAGAAGAAUAUCGACGUCAAUUAGGAAACUUUGGUAUUACUGGAAUGACAGGAUUACAACCCUUAGAAACGCUUUCUGGAGGUCAAAAAAGUAGAGUUACUUUUGCAUGUUUGGGUUUACAGAAUCCACAUAUAUUGAUAUUGGAUGAGCCGACUAAUCAUCUUGACAUGGACUCUAUGGAUGCAUUGAUAAAUGCUCUCAAAGAGUUUAAAGGAGGAAUAAUUCUUGUUUCUCAUGAUGAACGGUUUAUUGAUUCUGUGUGUGAGGAGAUUUGGGUUUGUGAAUCUGGUAAAAUUGCUGCUUCCAAAAUCUUAGAGAUCCCACUAAUUGUUACUGAACAGAAUCCUAAAGGUCUCGGAAGCACGGCUCACGAACUUGAUAUCACUGAUGCCAAAGCUGUUAUACCCAAAACAAAAUUUUCAAUGGCAGUAUCCGAAGUCUUAGAAAUAUUAAAAGAAAAAAACACGAAAUCCAUUGUACUUUUUGGAAUUGAGUCGCAAGUUUGUAUAUUACAAACAACUUUGGAUUUAUUGGAGAAUAAUUAUGAUGUUCAUGUUUUGGCCGAUGGAGUUUCAUCAAUACGUUAUCCAGAAAUCGACAUUUCUUUACAACGUAUGUAUCAAGCUGGUGCAUCAAUCACAACUUCGGAAUCAAUUAUAUUCCAACUUUUGGGUGAUGCUAAAAAUGAUAAAUUCAAGAAAACUUCUGAAUUCAUUGAAAUAUUUCUUUUGAAAGAUACAUCAUUUAUUGUCGAGUGA